AGAGAGAGACAGAGCGAGAGAGAGAGAUUUUGUCUCUCUCUAAACUCUGAAUAAAAGCUGUCGGUCUGGAUGCCUGAUCAAGCCACACAUUUCAGUUGUCUAUAGCAGCUCAACUCGUUGGUCCAGUUUUGUUGUGGUUUAAAGCUGACCUCAGACCGGAAGAGUGUGAAUCAUAGUAGUCAUGUCGGAGCUUUUGCUGCUGGUCGGAGUUCUCGCAGGCAUUUUUAUUUUACUUCGGAAAUUUGUUUCAGGAAAGAGAUGUAAGAGCAAGAAAGAGCUUCACGGCAAAACAGUCGUGAUUACCGGCAGUAACACAGGGAUUGGAAGAGAAACAGCUGUAGAUUUGGCCCGGAGAGGAGCUCGUGUUAUUUUGGCCUGUCGCAAUGUUGUACGUGCUGAAGUAGCUGUGGCUAUCGUCAAAAGAGAGAGCCGAAGCAAUAAUGUGGUGUUUAUGCAGCUGGAUCUGGCAAAUCAGAAGUCUGUUCGCUCUUUUGCUGAAACUUUCCUCAAAACGGAGAAAAGACUGGACAUUCUUAUCAACAAUGCAGGAGUUUAUAUGCAGGGCACCACAGAGGAUGGUCUUGGGUUGAUGUUUGGAGUCAAUCAUAUUGGUCACUUCCUCCUGACCAAUCUCUUACUGGACAGACUCAAAGAGUGUGGGCCAAGCAGGAUUGUUACUGUAUCGUCAAUGUGUCAUGAGUUUGGAAACCUUGACUUUAACCUCCUUAGUGCUCACAAGGAAUUUGGAAAAGGCAACUCUUUAAUGAAUGUCUUCAGGAUAUAUAGCAACAGUAAGCUAUGCAAUGUGCUGUUUACACAUGAACUUGCAAAGAGACUUCAGGGAACUCAGGUCACGUGCUACAGCCUCCACCCAGGUUCUAUCAAUUCAGAGUUGGCUCGCAAUGUUCAGCCAGGGGUGAAGAAGUUGUUGAAAUUUAUAGGAGCCCUGUUCUUCAAAGAUGUGGAGUCAGGUGCCCAGACUACUCUAUACUGUGCACUCCAAGAGGGCAUUGAAGGCCUGAGUGGUCGAUAUUUCUCCAACUGUGGAUUAAAGGAAGUUCAGGCCAAGGCUAAGGAUGAUGCAGUGGCUAAGAAGCUCUGGGAAGUGAGCGAGAAGUUGUGUGGCCUGGCAUGAAAUAAUCUCCGGACGAUAUUUUCAAAUAGAUAGCUAUAUAAUGGUUUGGAGACUUUCGUAAAUUCUGUGUAGAGUACUAUAUACAAGAGCUGAAUCUACUUGGUCAGACUAUCAUAAUUCAGGAAUGAUCUAAACGUUUUGUAUGGAGUAAAAUCCAUCAGCACAUUUGACAUGCUUAUUAAAAAAAACAUGAAUGUGAUCAUGGUGCAUGCUUAAACUCUCAUACUUCUAAUAAUAAACCCACAUGACAAUGAACAUCUGCCAAUGAAAUUCCCAGGCUUAUAAGGCAGCAGAUCAGCUCCAUGUCUACAGUUGCAUGACAGAGGUUGUAUUUGCCAAGUGUGACUUUAAUUAUAAAGUUAAGUAUAUUUUGAAUUACAUUCUUUUUCAUUUGUUUUGUAAGUGACAGGGUGGGGCAUCGAACAAGUUGUUAAACGUCACACCCUUCAGUGGCAUCCAUUAGACUAACGAACUCAUACCAUAAGAUGUGCAAGUAAUUAUUGUAUUGUAUUUAUAGCUAGAACUCAAUGACUAUGAAGACAUUAUACAGGAAGGAAAAAUAACUGUCUGCAUUGACAACUUAGAAACUAAUAAAGUUAAUUAAGCUUUGACAAAUUUGUGUACUGAUGGCACAUAAGAUGCAUAACAUUUUAAAUUGUCCUAUUUAUUCAUUUUACCCUUUCAGUGUGCAAAGGUGACUGUGAGUCAAGUUUUAAGUUACAUCAUUUCAAAUGGUCUUCAUUCUAAACUGUUAAAUAUACAAGUAGAAGUCCUUGUAUUUGGAAUGAAUUAUGUUUUUCACCUACAGUGUCCACAAGAACAACCAUGUGACCACCCAGCACUACCCGUGUGUCUUUGCUAACUUAGUAUUUUUAGGGACUAAAUUCAAUAAAAUAAGUGUCCCAAAUGACUUAAAAAGUCAUUUAGGAGAGGCACAUUCCUUUCCAGGACCCAUAAAUGAAUAUUAUUGCUCGAGUAUAGCAAAUCAGGGCAGAAGAUGUAGCUUUUAUUGAAAACGAGACUCUUUAUUGUUUAGAAAACUAGAAAUCAAUUUCAUAGUUUUAUUGUGUAACUUGUGUGUAUCCAUUUACAGCUUUUGGCAGACACCUUUAUCCAGAGCAACUUACUUUUAUCUCUUUUAUGCAACUGAGUAGUUGGACGUUAAGGGCCUUGAUUAAGGGCCCUGCAGUGGCAGCAUGGAAUUCCUGGGAUUCCAGUAUG